AGACGGGACGCGCCGUCCUAGCCCGUGGCCGCCGCCGGGGCGACGGAGCCAGCUGCAGACGGCCGGGCGCGCGAGAGUGAGGGAGGAAACUAGACUUGAGAGUCCAAGGAGGACUUCUGUGACGGCACUGGCGCAUCUGCUGUUUCCGCAUUGAAGACAUCUGCUUGUGAGGCAAAGGUGUCUAUGAAACUAUGGAUGGGACGAGAACUGUACUUGAUAUUAAAGAGUACCCUGAUAGUGAGGUACAGAAAAACCGAGUACUAACUCUGGAAGAAUGGCAAGAAAAAUGGGUGACCGGCAAAACUGUAUUUCAUCAAGAACAAGGACAUCAGCUAUUAAAGAAGCAUUUGGAUGCUUUUCUUAAAGGCGAGAGUGGACUGAAGGUGUUUUUUCCUCUUUGUGGAAAAGCAGUUGAGAUGAAAUGGUUUGCAGACCGAGGACACAGUGUGGUUGGCGUGGAAAUCAGUGAACUUGGGAUACGGGAAUUUUUCACAGAGCAGAAUCUUUCUUAUUCAGAAGAACCAAUCAUAGAAAUUCCUGGAGCCAAAGUAUUCAAGAGUUCUUCAGGGAACAUUUCGUUGUACUGUUGCAACAUUUUUGAUCUUCCCAGAACAAAUAUUGGCAAAUUUGACAGGAUUUGGGAUAGAGGAGCAUUAGUCGCUGUGAAUCCAGGUGAUCGCAAACGCUAUGUGGAUAUAAUGCUGUCCCUGACUAGAAAAGGGUUUCACUACCUUUUGGCUGUUCUUUCUUAUGACCCAACUAAACAUGCAGGCCCGCCAUUUUUUGUUUCGGAUGCUGAAGUUAAAAGACUAUUUGAUUCAGUGUGCAAUAUUCGUUGUCUAGAGAAAGUUGAUGCUUUGGAAGAACGCCAUAAAAGUUGGGGAAUUGACUACUUGGUUGAAACGUUAUAUCUAUUUACAGAAAAGUAAAUGAGACCUAAAUAAAAGCAAGUAAUAUCAA